CCUCUCUCAGUCUCUCUAGUGAACUUCCCUUUCUUCAUCUACAGCCUCAUUUACAACUUUAGGGCUACACGCACACACAACGCCUUUAUCUCUUCAUCUUCUUCUCUCGGUGAUUCACACACCCAAGCUUCUCUCUCUCUCUAUCUCUAUUUAUACUAGGGAUCUCCCACCCACAGCUCUCUCUCCUAUAUCUCGAGCUCCACACAGCAGUCGAUCGAUCCGGCCAUGGGAGAUCCCUACACGAAUUUCCUGAGAGGCUACAGCCUCCGCUAUUCCUCGAACCCAGCAGCAGCAGCAGCAGCUUCGUCUUCGUUCCCCAGCUACAGCUCCUACAUCCACCCACAUGCAGCAGCUCCCUCCUCCCCUCCAAUCAGGGAAGCGCUCCCCCUCCUCAGCCUCACACCCUCCUCACCCCACCCCGGCCACCAUGAUCAAGAUCACAAGAUCCUCAUGACCUCCUGCAGCAACCAGCAGGCAGAAGCUGCUGAUCAUCAGGCAGCUGCUCGGGAGGUCACCGUGGCCCUUCACAUCGGCCUGCCCAGCCCCAGCCACUCCGAUCCAGCUGCUGCUGCUGCUGCUGCUGGCGACCACCAGAAAGAAGAAGUAGCAGCAGCAGGAAGCCUGAAGCAGCAGGAACAGCAGGAGGAAGAAGGGGAAGAAGAGGAAGAAGGCACGAUGGCGCUGGGGGUGGGGUGCGCGUCGUUGGGGAUAGGGAGGCUGACAAAGGGGCAGUACUGGAUCCCGACCCCGUCGCAGAUCCUCAUCGGGCCCACGCAGUUCUCCUGCCCGGUCUGCCACAAGACCUUCAACAGAUACAACAACAUGCAGAUGCACAUGUGGGGGCACGGGUCGCAGUACCGGAAGGGCCCGGAGUCGCUCCGGGGGACGCAGCCGACGGCGAUGCUGCGGCUGCCGUGCUACUGCUGCGCGGCGGGCUGCCGGAACAACAUCGACCACCCGCGGUCCAGGCCAUUAAAGGACUUCCGGACGCUGCAGACACACUACAAGCGGAAGCACGGGAUCAAGCCCUUCAUGUGCCGGAAAUGCGGCAAGGCGUUCGCCGUGCGCGGCGACUGGCGCACCCACGAGAAGAACUGCGGCAAGCUCUGGUACUGCGCCUGCGGCUCCGACUUCAAGCACAAGCGCUCCCUCAAGGACCACAUCCGGGCGUUCGGCCGCGGCCACGCCCCCUGCGGCAUCGACUGCUUCGACGACGUCCUCGCCGACGACGAUGAACCCUCCUCCGAGGUCGAUCACAAUGUUACUACUACGGCCGGCAGCCGCCAUUGGAAGGCUGCAAGCGGCAAUAAUCUCGAUCGCAUCGUCUCUAGGGCUACUACUGGCCUGGGUAAGUAGAGUCGUAUGCAUAUGUUCGUUCUGCUACCUGAGUAUAUAUAUAUGGAUAUCUAUAUGGUAUAUAUAUACAUGAAGCUGGCUGCGGCUAGCCGUAUGUGUAUAUAUAUUUAUAGUGCGAACAAUCGAUCGAGAUCAAGGGUGCGUUUGUUUUAAUUUGAGAAAAACAAAAGUAAGGUUAAUUAAUAUACAGAUCGAUGCAGCUGGGGAUUAAUUAAGGGAUAUCGGCGUGCGUGUAUGGUUAACAAAGAGAGAGAAGAGGUGAAUUUCUGGUUGUUUGGGACUUUGGGUAGCCUAGCUAGCUUCAUUGUAUGUGUAGACUUUGAUGUGGUAUAUGGUGACACAGCUUAUGAUCAAAUGUUCAUUGAAAGGAUCGAUCGAUCGAUUUGUCAUGCAUGCAUGCAUGCGUGUAAGGGUGAUCGUCAAUGCAAUGUAUAUGGGCUUGCUUGCCAAUUCGAUGUUAUUUACUUUUUGUUUUGAACAUGUUACACACGGUCUCUUAUAUGCACAAUUUAAAUACUGAAUGUAUUUAAGACCA